UUCCCGUGCCUUACUAAGUCGGGGCCACGUAUUAUUUUUUCUCCAUACAGGAUUUCACCCAGCCACAACAAUCAUGGCGCAGCAGCGUGCCCACGCUCCGGUUACGUCUUGAAGUACCCGGAUGAUCCGCGUGUGCGGGCGGGGGGAGCGGCAUGUAAACAAGGGCGACCAUUCGCCGCAACUCACUGUCCGUUCAGGCGCUUGUGGCUCCUGCUGUCUCCGCAAAGCUCCGAGCUCGGCACCCGCACCAGCUGCACAGGGGCUGUCACUGCAGACCAAGCAGCCAAGAUGAUGCACUGUCUUCAGUUCCUCAUCGAGCCCGCCAAGAACAUCACCGUCAAACUUAAGGAAUCUCACAAGAAGGCGCAGGAUGAGAAGAGAGAGCCUCUGGAUGAGAGCCAGCAGUUCAUCGCGGACCUGGCCAAGGACCUCAGCAGAGUGUGUCAGAGGUCUGAGGUGCUGGAGAACAUCUCCAGCGGGGAGGACGUCUGGCCCACCCUGACCUGCAGGGCUUUCAUACUGGAGUGGGCCUCCAUGCUGGAGAGCAAGAAAAGGCCAAUGCAGACUGACGGCUGGCCGGAGAAGAGUGAUUGGAAGGAGUUGGCUCUGACCAAUGAGCAGGAUAUAGAGAGUGCGAAAAAGCUCAUCACCAACUGGACCAAAGACCUGAGGGCCCAACCAGAGCAAAGUGUGUGGCCAGGCGAGCAGAUGGUGGUGGUGCUGGAUGAUUUGGAAAAGCACUGGAGACGAGGCCGCAUGCCCACUCUGCAGCCUGCCAUGGAGCUGAUCUUCUGGACUCUGCUGGCCAAAGAGCUGGACAAGGAGAACAUUCCCCGGCAGUGGCUCAUUUGGAAGCAGAAGAGUCAGAAAAUAGGUGCUACUCCUUACAUUCCCCACACUGUAUGGGACUGGAUCUCCGAUGCUGCAGUUGAGGUGACCCUGGACCUGGACACAGCCAACCCGGACCUGUUGAUCUCGGACGACGAGAAGCGCAUGCGAUGCGGCUUCGAGCGCAAGGAAGUGCCCAACUACCACCAGCGCUUUGACGGAUGGUGGUGCGCUGUGGGCAUGGAGGGCUUCGGCUCAGGUCGCCACUACUGGGAGGUGGACGUGGGAGAGAUGGACUGGCGCCUGGGCGUCGCCAAAGAGUCUGCGCUGCGCAAGGGCUUCAAGUCCCUCAACACGCACACGGGCUACCUGACCCUGCGCCUGGAGAGAGGCACCGAGCUCAAGGCCCUGACCGUGCCCUUCACGGCCCUGCCCGCCGACCUCAUCCCCCGCAGGGUGGGCGUCCACCUGGACUUCGACCAGGGCCAGCUGUCCUUCUACGAUGCUGAGAAACGCUCGCACCUCUUCACGUACAACGAGAGCUUCGAUGAGAAGCUCUUUCCACUCUUCGGCACGGUGGAGAUUGUGAAAGACCUGGUGAUCAGAUCACCAGGGGUUAGGAGCCGCUGCAUGUGCCCAGCAAUGUGCCUGUGGGGCUGAAGGGUCAUAAUGUAAAUCAACGCUUCAUUUAAAGAGCACUCCUGGGGGGUAUUUCACAAAACAUAGUUUCUCAGUAAAGCCCAGUAACGUAACCUCUUAAACCAUAAGCGCCUGUAGGUGGGCCCACACCUGUACUGUGAAGGUGUCAUAUCCUCAUAUCCUACACUUGACAUUGGAUUUAUGUAACUAAAGGAGUCGAACGUAAUAUAAAAUUUAACAGGCUGUUUUUGUUGACUGCUGUAAGGCUUAUAUACACACAUGGUUUCUGUUCUGAUAGGCUGCCCUGCAUCACUCCUCAUUCAAAAAAUCUGGGAACUUCAACGUGAUUGAGUGGAGCUAAACUACUGUAGGCUGAAUAGGUGCAUAUACAGUCAUAUGAGACAGAUUUGGCACCCCUGGUCAAAUUAAACUUUGCUGAUUUUGAAAAUGUGAAAAUAACAUCCUAUAUAAAGAACAAACCUCUGUACAUUUGGGGGGGCAGAAAAUGUGACCUUUUUGAAGAAAUUACGAUCUAAAAAAGUGCCACAUUUAAGUUUGUUUUCUGUAUAGGAUGUGCUUCAACUGGGUGUUUUCAAAUGUUUGCAUAUGACUAUGUGCCGUUUUUCAUCAUGUCAUAAAACAAUUCCAAAGCAGGCAGUUUUUGCAGGUCUGUUUCCAUAUAUGUAGUGUAAAUACUCAAAGGUGAGUGGCACCUUUUUAAACAUUUAACAGUGUUUUCUCUUAUUUAAGUGAGGAAAAUGCAGUUGCCUAUGAUUCGGGCACUCCAAACCCUCUUGAAGCGUGAUUGGUUUUACCUGGAGAGGUGUGAAUACAAUGUCCACUCUAAUUACAAAUCAAAUCCCACAUAAUAAUUACACAGUACUUCCCAAAUAAUAUAUGAUCAUUAAGUAAAUGCUGUGAUUAAUAACUAUAUGUCUAGGGUUUAAAAGGGGUUAUGCCAAAAAGUGAAGACUCCUUUUGCAGUGUCCCUUACUUCUACUAGACAGCCUUGACUUGGUUAUCGUGAUAACUGAGAAAUCCUGAUUUGUGAAAUGCAACCCUGAUAUUAGCUACAUCACUGGCUAACAAGUCUUCUCUUAGUGAAUGACUAAUCUGUAGCUCUAUAAAAGACUACCCACUUAGCAUACAGUCUGUUGUUGAUGCUGCUUCUGUUGUACUUACUGUUUGCACCUUAUAAGAAAGGCAAUCUGCUCACCUUGUCCAUUCUGUACUUUCAUAGAUAUGUAUAACAAAUGGAUAUGAUCUGUUUGUCUGUGAUCUGUGAGAUAGUAAUCCUGCCAUGAAAAUGCACUUUCUGUGAAUAAUAAAUCAGAAUAAACGUAGACACAUUUACUUUA